AUGGACCAUUUUGGGAGACUUACAAUUGGCAAUGGUACCCAAGCACGGUUCCACCUUGCUGAGACCAAGCUGAAACAAAUGGCUCCCUCUGUGCACUGUGGUAAUGAUGCUAUGACCCUGCAUAUUCCGGGACCGAGAAUGCCACACUUUCUGGUAGAUGGAGGAGAGGGGUCUCCGGUGCCUCUGUCUGAGAUGCCAGCCAGCUGUGGAUUCUCUGUAAAGCGGGCACGCAGAGACGUCUCAUUUGUUGCUCCGUACCAUGGCUGUAAUGUCAGAAAACAGGGUGGAAGUUAUGUUCUGCCACUGAUUAUAAUGGGGGCACCAGUACAGAUGUCUUGCCCAGAGACUCUGCCCCUCCCAACAGUUUCUUGCUUCCCAUCUGGCAUGGUUAUCUCACUUGGAGCAAGAGCAGAUACUGUUAAAAUUAAAGUUGAUGGAUCAUGGCAGCCGCUGCUUUUAACAUACUCUCAAUGUGAGUUCACUUUGGACACUACUGGUGGUUCACUGGUUGUUACUGCACCGUACACAGGAAGCUGCUGGGAAAUUAAGCAACCCCAGUUCCCUCAUCCCAUUCCCUUUUUUGAUCCUGAUUACUUCUACCAUAGAGGUGGAGAACCAGUACCACAACAGCCAGACUGGUACCAAAUGUUUCCUUUCAUCCCAGCGGUUACUCCUGCACCCACCACUACAACUACCUCUACACCUGUCUCAACCACUGCUGCCAUGAAUGCUGAGCCUGUGCCGUACCCUGGUUAUCCCCAAAUGUACCAAUGGCUCAUGUUUCAUGGCCCUAAACCCAUGAAACCAUUUUUUCCUGCCAAAUACACUUCCAUAUCCUAG